GUAUCUAACCAAUUACUCUCCUAAUGUUUCACAUCAGAAUAGUGCUAGUUGAUGAAAGUUACUUCGGGAUCAAGAAAGGUAAAGUCAAAUUUAUUUGGGUUAUUCGCUCAAUUCCAAUCGAAUGCACUGGAUCUAGUAUAGUAUGAAUUGGCGAUCAGAACAUAUAUGGAUAGAACUUAUAACGGGGUCUCGAAAAACGAGUAAUUUUUGCUGGGCCUGUAUCCUUUUUUUAGGUUCACUAGGAUUCUUAGUGGUUGGAACUUCCAGUUAUCUUGGUAGGAAUUUGAUACCCGUAUUUACAUCUCAGCAAAUCAUUUUUUUUCCACAAGGGAUCGUGAUGUCUUUCUACGGGAUCGCGGGUCUAUUCAUUAGCUCGUAUUUGUGGUGCACAAUUUCGUGGAAUGUAGGUAGCGGUUAUGACCGAUUCGAUAGAAAAGAAGGAAUAGUGUGUAUUUUUCGCUGGGGAUUUCCUGGAAUAAAUCGUCGCAUCUUCCUUCGCUUCUUUAUGAGAGAUAUCCAAUCAAUCAGAAUAGAGGUUAAAGAGGGUCUUUAUACUCGUCGUGUCCUUUAUAUGGAAAUCAGAGGCCAAGGAGCCAUUCCCUUGACUCGUACUGAUGAGAAUUUUACUCCACGAGAAAUUGAACAAAAAGCUGCCGAAUUGGCCUAUUUCUUGCGCGUACCAAUUGAAGUAUUUUGAAACGAACUGAAGUGAAGAAUAAAAUGAAGAAUAAAUAUUUUCUCAAGAUGGGGGAAGGAACUUGCUAAUUCCUCUUUUAAUACAACUGAAGUUUCUUCAUUCUUUUAUACUAGAAAAAGGUCUAAUCUAACUAACGAAUCUAAUCUAAUAAGUAUAGAUAUAAAUUCAUCAAACCUAUCCGAACAUGUAUUUCGUAAUACAGAAUUCAUCUUUUUAGGCCCAAGAUUUGGAAUUGAUACCCUUUUCUGGUUAGACGGUGAAACAUUUCGAAAGAAUUAAUUGAUCCAGGGGGAGUUUUUUCGUCUCGAAACUCGAUUCGUUACUUCAAGUGGGUUUUCGAGUAUUCAUCGAAAGGAACAAAUGAAAAUAAAAUUGGUUCAAAUUUGCCCAAUUGAGAUAUCUGGAAUAAUAUUUAUUUCUUUUUUUCUCAUUUUCAUCCGAAAAGAACUCUUAUUCUAUGUCUAUAUUCCUUCUAAAUCAAAAAAAAAAUAAAAUUAUUACACAAUAAUAGGAAAGGAAUAGACCCAUAGGUCAAUACCUUGUUAUACAACUCGUGCUUCAAAGAAAUAUCAGAUCAGAUAGAGUCAACGAAUGAAGCAGGUUCAUUAACAAUUCAAUUCACAGAAAAAAAAAAAUGAAAAAAAAGAAAGCAUCGGCCUCCCUCCCAUAUCUCGCAUCUAUAGUAUUUUUGCCCUGGUGGGUCUCUUUCUCAUUUAAUAAAUGUCUGGAACCUUGGGUUACUAAUUGGUGGAAUACCAGGCAAUCCGAAAAUUUUUUGAAUCAUAUUCAAGAGAAAAACGUUCUGGAAAGAUUCAUAGAAUUAGAAGAACUAUUCCUAUUGGACGAAAUGAUAAAGGAGUACCCGGAAACGCAUAUACAAAAACUUCAUAUAGAAAUACACAAGGAAACAAUACAAUUAGUCAAAGCACACAAUGAAUAUGAUCUCCAUAUCAUUUUGCAUUUCUCGACAAAUAUAAUCUGUUUCGCUAUUCUAAGUGGUUAUUUUAUUCUGAGUAAUGAAGAACUCGUCAUUCUUAAUUCUUGGGUUCAGGAAUUCCUCUAUAACUUAAGUGACACAAUAAAAGCUUUUUCUAUUCUUUUAGUUACUGAUUUAUGGAUCGGAUUUCACUCGACCCAUGGUUGGGAACUAAUGAUUGGUUCGGUCUACAACGAUUUUGGAUUGGAUCAUAACGAUCAAAUUAUAUCUGGUCUUGUUUCCACUUUUCCAGUUAUUCUAGAUACAAUUGUGAAAUAUUGGAUCUUCCUUUUUUUAAAUCGUGUAUCUCCUUCGCUUGUAGUAAUUUAUCAUUCAAUGAAUGAAUAAAGAACUCAUUUGAUCUUAUUAUAUCAAUCAAAUCAGAAUCUUUCUUCGUGUAUAAAGAAAGUAUUUUCAAUUUGACUUAAUUCUUUAUACUUUUAUCUGUUCAAGGUAUUCGUCCUAUAUUCCAGUACAAUUAUUCCAGUACAAUGACAGACUCGUGUAUAGGGAACUAUACUAGCUACCUAUCUAAUUUAUUGUAGAAAUUCGGGGAUCAAUGAUUGGACAUGCAAAAUAAAAAUACUUUUUCUUGGGUAAAGGAAGAGAUGACUCGAUCCAUUUCUGUAUCGAUCAUGAUAUAUGUAAUAACUCGGGCAUCUAUUUCAAAUGCAUAUCCCAUUUUUGCGCAGCAGGGUUAUGAAAACCCGCGAGAAGCAACGGGACGAAUUGUAUGUGCCAAUUGCCAUUUAGCUAAUAAACCCGUGGAUAUUGAAGUUCCGCAAGCUGUGCUUCCUGAUACUGUAUUUGAAGCAGUUGUUCGAAUCCCUUAUGAUAAGCAACUGAAACAAGUUCUUGCUAAUGGUAAAAAGGGGACUUUGAAUGUGGGGGCUGUUCUCAUUUUACCCGACGGAUUCGAAUUAGCCCCCCUUGAUCGUAUUUCUCCUGAGUUGAAAGAAAAGAUAGGAAAUCUGUCUUUUCAGAGUUAUCGUCCCAACAAAAGAAAUAUUAUUGUGAUAGGUCCUGUUCCCGGUCAGAAAUAUAGUGAAAUCGUCUUUCCCAUUCUUUCCCCCGACCCUGCUACGAAGAAAGACGUUCACUUCUUAAAAUAUCCCAUAUACGUAGGUGGGAACAGAGGAAGGGGUCAGAUUUAUCCUGAUGGUAGCAAAAGUAACAAUACAGUCUAUAAUGCUACAUCAGCAGGUAUAGUAAGCAGAAUAGUACGUAAAGAAAAAGGGGGAUAUGAAAUAACCAUAGUUGAUGCAUCGGAUGGACAUCAAGUGGUUGAUAUUAUACCUCCAGGACCAGAACUUCUUGUUUCAGAGGGUGAAUCCAUCAAGCUUGAUCAACCAUUAACAAGCAAUCCCAAUGUGGGAGGCUUUGGUCAGGGAGAUGCAGAAAUAGUGCUUCAAGACCCAUUACGGGUCCAAGGUCUUUUGUUCUUCUUGGCAUCUGUUAUUUUGGCACAAGUUUUUUUGGUUCUUAAAAAGAAACAGUUUGAAAAGGUUCAAUUGUACGAAAUGAAUUUCUAGGUGCAGAGAUUCCUUAACAUCAAGUUGGUAAAAAGCGCCGAAUUUUUUUUGAUCCAUACAAUUAUGUAUGAUCAAAAAAUCUGUAAACCUUUUUGGUUGCUUUGUUUAUACUUUUUUUUCGUUUUGCGGGAUGUCUGGAAUUCAUUACUUGUAUCCUAUUCUUAGUAAUAGACAAUAGACAUACAAAGAAAGAGAAUACAGAGCAAGGAUGGGAAAAAUGAAAGAAAGAAAUCCUUUUAGGAGGGAUUACUAGUCUUACGAGUCUUCUAUUCGACACAAGAAAAGGGCGGAAAAUCCUUUUUCUUGUGUCGUCUUAUAUCGAAAUAAUAAUGAUUUUUUCUCCUGUUCGUCAAAGAUUACCAUUCCUUCUUUUCCGGGUCCACCAGAACUCUUUUGGUUAGAUUCAUAGGAAGUUGUGGACAAACAAAAAGAGAGAAAGGAUUAGGGGAAUAAUUGAUUGAGCAAAUAGAACUUCUUCAAUUAACUUAAACUUUUAACUUAGAGAAAUUAUUCAAGAGAAAUUAUUCAAACAAAUUAUAUUAUAGAGUUUUAUAGAGUAAGUUCUAUAGAGUAAGUUCUAUUAGUAGUUUAGUAUAGAAAUUAUUUGCAGGAUGUCUCAUGCGUAGAAAUCUAUAUAAUAUUGUAUUAUUCAGAAAAUCCAUUGAUUACUCUUUUCUUGUUUCUUCAUAAGAGUUAAUAUUAUGGAGGAAAGGAAGAACAGAGACUAUGAAUCAAUCAAUAGAUUCAAUUCUUCAAAAACAUUAUUAAGAAACAAAAGAAUAGAGUGGUUUGAAACAUCAGAGCAAAGGAUCCGUUUUGUCAUUUCAUUUCUACGAAUAUAAUAUUUUGAUUAUGUUGACUGGCCAAUUUGUAUGUUAUGGAAUAGAUCAUAAUCUUCCUAUAAGAGUAAGAAAAGAACUCAACGGGACCUUAUCGCUCUAAUUAGACAAAGGAGGGUAAGGUCCCGUUGAGUUCUUUUCUUACUCUUUCAUGUCUACAAUCCGGUUUAUCCGAUUACUAGAGAGAUGAACCCAACCCAGAAUAUGAACCGUAAAAGAAAACACCUAUUAAACCGAUCACAGGAAUACCAGUUACAGUACCAACCAGCCAAAGAGGAAUCCUUCCAGUAGUAUCGGCCAUUUCCCCUACUUUCCUCCACAUUUUCUCAAAUGGUCGUGCUAGAGACAAAAACAGUCAUGGAUAAUUAUGAGGAUGGUAUCUUUCCGAAUGGGAUAAGAGAAUUCCUACUAUUCUCUUUCUUUCUUUCAAUUGAAGAAAUAAUUGGAAAAUAAAACAGCAAGUACAAAAAUGAGUAAUAAACCCCAGUAUAGACUGGUACGAUUCAAUUCAACAUUUUGUUCAUUCGGGUUUGAUUGUGUCAUAGCUCUAUAAUUCAAAUUAGGUUUAUCGUUGGAUGAACUGCAUUGCUGAUAUUGACCCCAAAAAAGAAACGGUAGGUACAGCUAGUCCGUGAACAGCCAACCAUCGCACUGUAAAAAUUGGAUAGGUUCGAUCUAUGGUCAUUGGGGGCCUCCUAAAAGGAUUUACUAAAUUCAUCAAGUUGUUCCAAAGAAUCAAAACGGCCGGUUAUCAAUGGAAUACCUUGUCGGCUCUCUGUGAAAUACUCGUUUGGCCGAGGACUUCCAAACACGUCGUAAGCUAAACCCGUACUGACGAAUAACCAACCCGCAAUGAAUAGGGAAGGUAUAGUAAUGCUAUGAAUGACCCAGUAUCGAAUACUGGUAAUAAUAUCAGCAAAAGAACGUUCUCCCGUGCUUCCAGACAUUCUGAGCUCCACAAAUUUUUGUACAUUCAAAAAAGGGAAUCGAUUCCUUGAAAGAUGGGAUCAGUAAAUGGAAAACUACUGAUAUUGCAUCUUUGUGAGAUCGUCAAUUUUGUACCAAAGGUUUAUUUCAAGUAUACCGAAUCAGUAUAGCUAUCCUUCCUCUGGCACAGCAACGCAGUCUCGAUCGGUACCGAAAUGCUACAUAAUUCUUUUCUUCUUUUUUUGUUCCUUGUCUAUGCAUAACUCUAUGUUAUUCAAUAGAUCAAUAGAAAAUUACUCAAAUUCCUUAUAAGAUUUCCAUUAUUGGAUUCAUAAUAGAAAGUAAAGAUCUUGGAAAAGCGUGAAUCGAUGGUUUCUAAUAAUUUAUGAAGCAUAUUAUAAUAUUCACACAAUUCAAUUAUAUGUAUGCGAAAUCUAUAAUAAACCCAUUUUUUGGUUAAAAGUUUUUUUGUUCAAAUCUUUUUAUUUCAAGUAAUUGGUUGGUCGUAUAAUACAAUAAAUAUACUGUAAUACAAAAUACAAUAGUAUAUACUAUAUUAGUGAAAGAAACAGAACAUGAAAGAAACAGAACCCAGUUGGAACAAUCCAUAUUCGUGAUGCAACCGUUAUUGUAUUAGAUCCAAAACAAAGGUUCUUUCUUGACCAAACUAGAAGUAUGGAACUCCAUGAUAUGGAAAGACAGAAUAUAGAAUCUAAAAGGAUAAUGGAAGUUGUUCGUCUUUGAAUCGAGUUGGACCUGAAAAAAAAGAAUAAAAAUAUAAAAAUGAAAAAUAGAGUAAAGGUUUUAUUUUUUUCGAUAGAUCGUGGGACACCUUUUUCUUUUCAUUCGAAAUAUUAUGUUAUGGGCAAUUAAGCAACCUAUUACUGUACUGAGUCCAAUGAGUUAAAAUAAAUAAAAGGUAAAUAGUAUCAGGCCGUUCGUUCCAAAAAGGAUUAGAUCCUAUUGAAAUAGAAAGGAAAUGAUUAAAAUGGAAUUUUCAAAUCCAAUUCUUUUAUUCCAAAAUUACUUAAAUUACUUAUAUUUUAUUUAAUAUUUUAUUUAAUAUUUAAGUAUAAGUCCAUAAGUAAUUUAAGUUUUGAAUGAAGUUACACGGCACAGUUCUUAAUUACUAUUACUUUUACUUAUACUUUAUAUUUUACUUACUUUUACUAUUACUUUAUUCAACUCACAAAUACUUUAUUCAACUCACAAAUUCCACAAUGAAUCUGUUGAUUCCGAAUCAUAGGAUCGGUCAAUGUCACAGCAGAUGAAUCGAAUUUUUCUACCUAUGUCACUCUUAGUUAGUCUUAUCUAUAAUGACUGAUGAAUCCAGAAUUUUCAAUUGGAACUAAACUAAUUCUGUCAAUUGAUUUUUUCUUGCCGUCGUAUUUUGUAAAAAUUGAAACUUAGGUAAGUGUUUUAUCAACAUAUGUAGCAAAAGAACAUAUCUAAUUUAGCUCUUUCAUGCUUACUAUAACUAGUUAUUUCGGUUUUCUACUGGCUGCUUUAACUAUAACCUCAGCUCUAUUCAUUGGUUUGAACAAGAUACGACUUAUUUGAAAUGAAUUGAAUGAAAAAUUGAUAAAAACGAAUAUUUCUCUGAGAUUCCGGGUAUUCUAUGGUUCUUUCUCACAUCAAUUGCCAAUUCUUGGUCAUUGAGAUUCACGGAUAAUUCAGAUUAAUAUUUAGGGAUAGAUCUUACCUUUCUUUUUAUCCCCUUAAACAAACCGAAAUGAUUGAAGUUUUUCUAUUUGGAAUCGUCUUAGGUCUAAUUCCUAUUACUUUAGCAGGAUUAUUCGUAACCGCAUAUUUACAAUAUAGACGUGGUGAUCAGUUGGACCUUUGAUUGAGUAAUAUUUCUUUCUUUUUUUGAUUGACCUCCUGCAGGAAGGAGGUCAAAUUCAAGUUACAAUUCAACUUUUUGUUUUGUUAAAUUAUUAAUUAUUUUAUUGUGAUUCGACAUCAAAUAAACCGAAUCACGCUCUGUAGGAUUUGAACCUACGACAUCGGGUUUUGGAGACCCGCGUUCUACCGAACUGAACUAAGAGCGCUUUCUUAUCCUUAUGACAGGAGAUACGACUGUACUGUAAAGAAAAGUAAUUUUUCUACCCCCAAUACGUCUUGCAUACAUAUAGUAUGCAAGACCGGAAGAUUAUGUCCAAUUUUAAUCGAUCUCAAUGAAUCCCUCGUUACUGCCCAUGGGAGAAGUAAUAGGUAGGGAUGACAGGAUUUGAACCCGUGACAUUUUGUACCCAAAACAAACGCGCUACCAAGCUGCGCUACAUCCCUUUUCAAAAUUGUUGUACAGUUUCAUUGUACAAAAUCCCUGUCUUGUUUUCCAUAUCGUCAUUUUCUCCUCCAUCUAUAUACAAUUUUCUUGUCAUUUCUUCUUUUUGGUUUCAUAUAAUAAAAGAAUUAUAUACAUCUGAAACCUAACGUAUAAAAAAGUUAAUAUUUAUCAGUAAUGCUCAGGAACAAGGGAUUAGAUUUUUUUUCUUUUACAAAAAAAGAAAAAAAUCUAUUGCUUCAUUGUACAUAUCUAUUUUAGUUAGGAAUCCUGUUUAGUUAGGAAUUCCGUGUAAAAAAAUACAAAUGAUCUUGAACUACAGCAUCUGACCAUAUAUGUAUUACAAUCCAUAAUAGAAGGAGGAUUUUCAAUGCGAGAUAUAAAAACAUAUCUCUCCGUGGCACCUGUGCUAAGUACUCUAUGGUUUGGGUCUUUAGCAGGCCUAUUGAUAGAAAUUAAUCGGUUAUUUCCGGAUGCCUUGUCAUUCCCCUUUUUUUAAUUCUAGUUAUUGAUUGAUAUGCGAAGAAAUGAAGAAAAUUAGAGAUACAAUUCCACGUGACUAAAAUUUCGAAUUUCGCCCCUAUUUUUUCAGUUCUUUAGGAUAGGAAGGAAAAGAAAAAAGUGUAUUGAACCUCAGCAAAAAUGUGGUAGAUCGAAGAUCGAAUUUUGGAGAACAGAAAUGAAAAUGUGGAUCCAGUCUACGGCGAGUUCCACGAAAUCAUAGCAUAGAAAGAAGAUAUUUAACUUAAAUAAUAAAUAAAAUAAAUAUUAAUAAAAUAUUGAGAUUUAGGAUAGGAACAAUUGAGAGUUAGAAAGAAAUUGUAUUAUUUAAUUAUUACUCCAUUAAAUUAUUACUUUAUUAUUCUAGUAAAAUUGUUACUCCAUUAAUAUAAUAUUAAUUAUCAUUAUAUAAUGAAAUGAUAAUUGCAACGAAAUACUUAGAAAUUCCAUUUCUAGUUAGUAACUUCUAUCGAUUUUUUUUGUUCUUUUCUUCUUCUUCAGCUCGGAUCGAAAAUAGAAGAGUUAAGCCGAUCCAAAAUUCAAAGGAGGUUCAUGGCCAAGGGUAAAGAUGUCAGAGUCAUAGUUAUUUUGGAAUGUACCAGUUGUGCCCGAAAUGAUGUCAAUAAAGAAUCGCCAGGUAUUUCUAGAUAUAUUACUCAAAAGAAUCGACACAAUACGCCUGGUCGAUUAGAAUUGAGAAAAUUUUGUCGCUAUUGUAACAAGCAUACGAUUCAUGGAGAAAUAAAGAAAUAGAUCGAACAGAACGCGUGUGCGCUCUCGCCAAGGAA